AUGGCCCCCAAACAGCUGGCCUAUGAUAUCGAGGAUACGCUGCCUUUCCACGCCCGGGAUGAUGUCACCUUGCAUUUGACCACCCAACAGCGAGAUGCCACGGCACAGCGUGCAGCGUGCGGGCCCUGGGGCCAAAACUCUCAGCCCCCAACAAGCCCCGCCAAGAUGAUUGUCUCAGCUGCAACAGUCUUGGAGCCGAGCUUGUUUCCUUUAACCUUUCAUCAUCUUGGCACAUCAGCCCUACGGUUAUUUGGUCAUAUCUGCAUCCGUACGCAUGAUGCAUGCGCUGGGUACCGAGACGAAUGGGACCUACACUUCCGCGACCAGACGAGUCAGACAAUAACGCGAGUUAAAGAGAAAGAAGCGUCAGCCAAGGCUAUCUCCACACCCCCACCGGUUCGCAGUCCAAUCCCCAGCAUUGACGACAUUGGCGUCAGCUAUUUUGUCAAUAACUUUGUGGCUGGUGGACAUUCCUCCGCUCGCGGGCAUUUGAAUUAUGUUUCGACGAUUUACCGCUCCAAUGAGAGACACCCCACUUUGGUAGCCAGUAUGGCUGCCGUUGGUCUCGUCGCGCUAGCGAAUUCGGCUCAGCAGCCCGGGCUCGUCAGUCACGCACGGGCUAAAUAUUCGGAGGCCAUUCAACAGGUCAAUUUUGCUUUGAUGUCUCCUACUGAGUCACUAAAGGAUGAUAUCCUGAUGUCGGUCAUCUCCCUGGGGGUGUUUGAGAAUGUGUCUAAUUUCCCAUCGUGGGCCCGCCAUGUCCAAGGAGCUGCGGCGCUCGUCGUUGCUCGGGGCAAAAGCCAAUUUACCAACACCGCGGCCAUUCUGAUGUUCAAUCAAGUGCGUGCUGACAUGGUGGUUGCCUGUAUUCAUGAUCAUAAACCGUUCCCAGAAGAUUUGCGCGAGCUGCAAGAAGAAGCUGUGAAGCACACGGCUGCUUCUGGUGCCUUCUGGCUACUAGGGGUGCUGGCAUCUCGACAUGUCAAUCUGCUCUGGAAGGUCCGACAAAAUGACCCGCGAAUCAAUUGGACUGCUCUACUUGAAGAGGCCACGGCUCUUCAACUAGACUUCGAACGUCUUCUGGGGGCCCUUGCCAUAGAAGAGCCCUACUCUACCAUCCGAGAACCUGGCGCAGACCCAGAGAUCAUUUACAACGGUCGGUAUGAUCUUUACCCGUCCAGCUGGGCAAUCAGGGUUUGGAACAACGCCAGGAUGCUUCAAAUGAUAGUAUGCAACAUCAUAUACUUUCUCCUGACGAAGAGUCUGACCAUGAACCUCACACCGGUCUUGCGGACGCAUGCGACAUUACGGCUACAGCAAACGUUGCAAAUUCAAUCCAAGCUAGAAAAUGAUAUGCUGGCCACUGUUCCUCAGGCCCUGGGAUACAUCCCAUCGAGUCCUCAGUCACAUGUUGCCAUUGGGCAUUCCUCGCCGGCUAAUGUAUCCGGGAGCUAUCUCCUAACCUGGUGUCUCUACACGGUCGGACAGUCCACGGUGGUUCAAAGUCCAACCCGCCAGUGGGUCAUUCGUCGUAUGCGAGAAAUUGGACAGAAUACGGGCAUCUCUGUGGCAUUGCAACUCCUCGAGGAUAUUGUCAAACUCGAUGAGCUCCAGCAAGCAGUGAACGAUGAUAAAUCAAGAGGGGUAGUAGAUGUGUUGGACAUUCGAGAGAAAGCAAGGAGGCUCCCUGAAGAGCAGUGGGCGUGA